UUCAAUGUUUCACAUUUUCUAUUUCUUGUCACUGACAGACAGUGAAACCUCCUGGCAUGACAACAUAGUUGGGGCUUUCCUCUUCUUUUCUUUUCUCUCUUUUGUUUUUUGUCUGUUCUUUGAAGUCACCUUCUUCUCUCAAACAGGACACACAAGUGAAAAAAAAUCCAAACCAUAUCUUCUUUUUUCCUUUUACUAGUAAACAAAGAGCCUCCUUUUAAGGAGUAACUUAGUUAUUACCAUAGCCUGCAAGGUACCCCAUCCAGUUCAUUCAUGGAUCCCAAACAGCCUAACACUACCAAUAACAACAACCACAGUAUUAUUAAGCCUGCUCAUGAUCAGAUAAAAGAUUUGAUUGCAGAAAAAGAUGAUGAAACCAAACAGAAGCAGUUGGUUGCUCCUAAAAGAAAAGAUAGGCAUACCAAAGUUGAAGGCAGAGGUAGGAGGAUACGUAUGCCUGCUCUCUGUGCUGCAAGGAUUUUCCAACUUACGCGCGAAUUAGGUCAUAAAUCUGAUGGAGAAACAAUCCAGUGGCUGCUGCAGCAAGCCGAGCCGUCCAUAAUCGCCGCUACCGGCACAGGGACCAUUCCUGCCUCGGCUUUAGCUGCAGCAGCCUCUGUUUCCCAACAGGGGAUCUCUGUAUCAGUUGGUUUAAUGGAUGAAUCGGGCCCGAAUAUUGGGGGGUCAGGCAGAAGUAGCAGUACUAGUAUUAAUAGUAGGACCAGUUGGCCCAUGAUCUGUGGGAAUUUUGGAAGACCCCCGGGGAUAUGGCCCGCACCUGCCCCUGUUGUCACUAGUUUCGGGUUUCAGUCUUCAUCGUCUGCUCCAUCAAGUACUAAUAUUGGUAGUGAAAGUUCAAAUUAUUAUCUGCAGAAAAUCGGAUUUCCUGGAUUUGAUCUGCCUGCAACCACAAAUAUGAAUCCUAUGAGCUUUACUUCAAUUAUGGGUGCGAGUAACCAGCAACAACUGCCAGGAUUGGAGCUUGGAUUAUCUCAAGAGGGUCAUAUAGGGGUUUUGAACUCACAAGCUUUAAGUCAGAUAUACCAGCAGGUGGGGCAAGCAAGAAUGCAACAUCCACAGCAGCACCAACAAAAUCAACAUCGGCAACAGCAACAAACAUCUCCAGAGGAUGAUUCUCAAGGAUCAGGACACUAGUAGUACAGCUUUCAGAUAAAAGACCUGAGCUAGGUUUUUUGGUGAAUGGUUUUCAUUUUUUAGGAGGUGUAUUGUUUAUAAGUUAAAAGCCAUCUUUAUCAUUCAUUUUCCCUUUAUAUCAGAGUGGUGUGCUUAUAUCUUGUUUGCCGAAAUAGACAUAGUUAUCGCAUAACCUCGCACAAUUUUUCUCUUCUUGUACUAUAUAAGGCUUCGGAUUGAUUCACGUCUUUGUGUUUGUAACAAGAAAGGGAUUUCUGGCAGUCUUCAAUGUAUCCAGCCUAAGGAGAUCCCAAAAUUCUGUUCUA